UAACCCUUCUUCGCAUCGUCUUCUUCAAUCUCUCCCCUCUGUUCAGACAGACAUAUAUAUAUAUAUAUAUAUAUUAUUACACAGACCAAAUUCACACAGUCAGAUUGAACUCAACCUUCGAACAAAAAAUUCCACAGAUUAAUCAUAAAUCCGUUGCGCUUCUGUAAUUUUCGCCGAAAUUUAUCUUUUCAAAUAAUAUUUUUCCUGUCCUCUUUCUGACUCUGUUAGAGAUUUUUCCAAAGAUAGGAAAGAAGAAUAUUCAUGUGGCGUUCAAAAUCAAGAUCAGAGGCUCAUGUGGAAAUUAGGGGAAAGAAUGAUGGAGAUCGUCGUCGUCGUCGUCGUCAUUCAUCAGUAUUUUCUAGAACCUUUUCUGCAUCCAGUUUUUGCAGGGGAGAUUCAAUAGGUGCACAGAUUGAUCCAACGGCUCUCGUUAAAUCUAACAAUAACAAGUCAUUUAGAGAUUCGAAGCCAAAUUUGUUCGAGAAUCCGAUUGUGAUCGAAACAAUGGACGAUGAAUUGAGGAGAGCGAUGUCGGAAAAGGAAAGGCUCGUCGAAGAGCUUAAGGAGGUGAAAAAGGAGUUAGCCGAAUCAAGGAAAGUCGAGGAUUUGACGGACGAGAUCAAGAGCUUGAAGAAAUCGUUGUCCGAAAAGGACAAAACGAUCGAGUCGUUAGAGAUGGAUCUCGAGAGAUUGUCAGAGAACGAGGAAAUAAUCAAGAGAUUAAAGGAGGAAUUAAAGGAUCGAGAAAAGGAGGCAAAGACGAUCGAAACAGAGAACAAGAGAAGAAUCAAAGAGUUGGAAGGCGAGGUCAUGCGGUGGAGGGAAUCCGAGUCGAGAGUCGGGAAAUCGCUCUCGUCGAAGGUGAGGGAGUUAGACGCCAUCGAGUUCGAGUUGCAAGAGGCAAAAAUCGAGAUUGCGUCGUUGUACGAGAAGAUCGGGACGUUGGAGUCGUUGUGCGACCACGACGGCGGGGACGACAAUGACAAUCUCGCUCCCGAGCUUAAAGUUGCUCGGGAGCGCGAAAAGAGCACUAUAUCGCGAAUGGAAGCAAUGCAAGAUGAAAUGGAUCUGCUAAAACACGAGUGGAAAAAAGCGCUCGACGCAGAGCAAAAGAGCGCCAAGGCGAUGGACGACCUCGUCAUGGCGCUCACAGAAGUCGCCGCGGAAGCGAAACAAUCGAAGGAGAAACUCGCCGCCGCGGAAGUCGAGAUCGAGCGUUCCACGACGAGAGUCGAGUUGUUGAAGUGCGCAUUGGAGGAAGCUCGCCGCGAAGUUGACGUGCAUCGUAACACUGUCGAUCGACUCAAGUUCGAAGUCGAGGAGUCGUUGAUGGCGUGGAACGGGAAGGAAAUGGGUUUCGUGACUUGCAUAAAGCGCGCUGAGGAAGAAAAAGCGAUUGCGUUGCACGAAACCGCUCGAAUGGAGGAAGCAUUGAAAAUCGCCGAGAAUUCGACGAAAACAGCAAAAGACGAGAUGUAUCGAUCGCGAGAUUUAUUAAAACAAGCUCUAAACGAAGCGAACGCCGCAAAAGCGGCCGCGGCAAUUGCUCGAGACGAGAAUUCUCAACUCAAAGACGCUCUGGUCGAAAAAGAGAGUACGAUACAUUUUCUCACUGAGGAAAACGAGCGUUUAAGAAUCAACGAGGCUGCGGCGCAAGAAAGCGUCGAGCAACUAAAGAGGAUGCUAUCCUCAUCGUCUUCGGCGGAGAUGAAGUUCGACUCGAAGGACAUGCACGACGGGCCUCCAGACUCCGAUGGUUCGGAGUACGAGAACGAUCAUGACCGUAAAAAUGACGACGGCCACUCGAGCGAAGGGUUCACGUUAAACCUCGACGCGCUAAAGCUACUAACCGAGCCCGAGGACUUCAAUCUGAGGAUCCUAGACGAUGAUCCCGAUAAGGCCGAGGCCUUAAAGGGAUCGAUCUUCGACACGAAUGCCGAGACACCGAAAUCGGAGCCGCAUACGCCGAAACGGAAGUUUCCGAACCAACGGCAGCGGCGGUAUUCGUUCUCCUACGCCGAGAUUCAGGAGCGGCAAAACUCGACGGAGACGUUUUUCAACAACGAGUACGAUGAUACGAACUUACAGAAUAAGAAUACGCAACACCGGCGGGUGAAGACGAUGUUCCGGCGAGUCGGCGGACUUCUGGCCAUCAAGAAGGGUUCGUCUCACCGGAAAGAAUCGCAGCUGCCGUCGCCGUCGCGGUCGCAGUCGUCCAUUGAGUAGAAGAUGUGUUUUUUUUUUUUUUUUUUUUUUUUAUGGGAGGGUAAACGGAUUUGGUUUUUUACUGCGGUUAUUUUAUAUGGUUGGGUGUGCGUAUAGAAGCGACUGUAAAUUUAAGAUAGGCUUAUAGAAUUUGGUUGUCGCGGUGAAUUUUCGUUAAACUGAUUUCAUUAUUAAUCUACCCUCCUUAUUACUGAAAGGAUUCCUUAUUCUUAUU